UGAGAAAUAAAGUUAUCCAGUAUUCCGUUAGGAAUUUUAUGCAAAGGUUCAGUAAAAACAAACCCAACUUUGGCACAUGCAAUGCAGUGGAAAUUGGAAAUGUCUCCGAGGAGAGAAAUGUACCGGAUCACAUCCCGAAACCCGACUACUAUUAUAAACCAAUGCCGCCCGGCUUUACAUUGGGCGAACCAGAAAUUAAGAACGAACAACAAAUUGAAUGUAUGCGGAAUAGUUGUAAAUUGGCGGCCCAAGUUUUAAAAUCGUGUACUGACAUUAUCCGAGUUGGUGUCACUACCGAUGAAAUUGACAACUUUGUUCACAAUCGUAUUAUCUCGGCCAAUGCAUACCCGUCGCCGUUACGUUAUGCUGGUUUUCCAAAAUCCACCUGCACUUCGGUAAAUAAUGUGGCCUGUCAUGGCAUACCGGACGAUCGCCCCCUCCAAGAUGGUGAUAUUAUAAAUGUGGAUAUUACCGUCUUCCUUAAUGGUUAUCAUGGUGAUUGUUCGAAAACAUUUAUGGUCGGAGAUGUCGAUGAACGAGGACGUUAUUUGGUGGAGAAAACUGAGGAGUGUUUAAAUGGAUGCAUUCAAUUGUGCCGACCAGAGGUGGAAUUUAAAGCUAUCGGUAGUUUUAUAGCCCGAUUUUGCAAACAAACUGGACUCAAUACAAUACCGGCAUUUAUCGGCCAUGGUAUUGGUAGUUAUUUUCAUGGACCACCUGAAAUACUUCAUUUUAAGAAUAAUGUUCCGGGUGUAAUGAAAUCCGGCAUGACCUUUACAAUUGAACCUAUUUUGACAUUGGGUGGUCCCGAUAUUGAAAUACAGGAAGAUGGCUGGACGGCCAUGAGUGUUGAUGGUGCAAGAAGUGCACAAUUUGAACAUACAAUUUUAGUGACUGACGAUGGCUGUGAAGUUUUAACAAAAGCUGAUUAG